AUGGGGCCCCAAAUUUGGAGAUAUGUGCCUGGAAAGGCUCUCAUGUUCUUGACCAACCUGUUCACCGCCGUUGCCCUGAUCUUCGAAGGCUACAACCAAGGUGUACUCGGAACGGUGUCCGGAACUCCUGGCUUCAUCGACAUGGCUGGGAUUGGUGCCAAUGGCGUAGUCACAGACACAACCAAGCAGGGUGGCCUCGCUGCUGCCUACUACUUUGGCGCAAUGUGGGGAUGUUUCAUCGGCGGCUGGCUUGGUGACAAACUUGGACGAAAGAAGGGGGUCUGGAUUGGAUCCGUCUUCUGUAUCCUGGGCUCCGCCUUGAUGGCCGGCAGCCACAACUCGGACAUGUUCAUCUGUGCUCGUAUUAUUGCGGGUAUCGGUAUCGGCUUCAUCAACGCCAUCAUCCCGCCAUGGGUCAAUGAGCUGUCUCAAGCCCACGACCGUGGCUCGACAUUCUCCCUGGUCUUCGUUGCCAACUUUGCUGGAAUCGUCAUCGCCUACUGGCUCAACUUCGGUGUCCGCAACUCGGGCGUCGAGUUCAGAUGGAGGUUCCCAUUGGCAUUCAUGGCCAUUCCCAUGCUGAUCGUCGCCCUCACCGUGUUCUUUCUUCCAGAGUCUCCAAGAUGGCUCAUCUCGCAUGGCGACCGGCAAGAAGCAAUUGACAUCUUGAGAAAACUCCGUGGUGACCUUGCACACGACGACCCCAAGAUCCUCGCCGAAGUCGAGCAACUCGACGCAGUCGUCGAGGCCUCUCACCACAAGCGCAACAACUUCAUCAACAUUGUCUUGGGCGGCCGGUACUCAGGCCAACUCCACUACGGCCGACGCGCCAUUAUGGGUUUGGCCCUGCAAACCAUCCAGCAGUGGACCGGUAUCUUGGCCAUUGCCACUUGGGCCAGUGUCCUCUUCGGUCUCGCCGGCUUCGACGAGUACAAAUCGGCCUGGCUCGGUGGUCUCGUCAACACGUUCGGUAUUUUCGGUACUGCCGGAGCCGCCCUUGUCAUUGACCGACUUGGUCGUGUCAAGUCUCUGAUCGUCUCGUUCAUCACCCAGGGUAUCUGUCUGAUCAUCGUGGGCGUCUUGAUCAAGGUCUCCGAAGAGAAAGCGGCCUCCAACCCGGCAUUGGCCACGCAACUCGGAACCGGUGCUGGAGCUUUCGUCUUCAUCUUCUUGGUCUGCUUCACCGUCUUCAACAUUGUCCCCUGCUGGAUCUACGGAUCCGAGAUCUUCCCAACUGAAAUCCGAUCCAAGGGUUACGGCUUCACCAUCUUCGGCUGGGCCAUCGGCUGCGGCAUGACCACCUUCGUCAUUCCCAUCAUGUUGAACCGUCUCGGCUGGGCCACCUUCAUCUUCUUCGCCGCCAUGAACGCCGUCUCCGGCCCCAUCAUCUACCUCUUCUACCCCGAAGUCGCCAACAAGACCCUCGAGGAAAUCGACCUGCUGUUCACCAGCAACAGCCUCCUGGUCAAGAAGAACAUGCAGGAAUACAACCGCCGUGUCGCCGAGGCUGGCGGAAACGUCGCCGUGGCUGCGCGUCGCUUGCUCGACGAGGUUGAUGGAACCACCCACUUGGAUCCCAGACGUGUCUCUGUCGUUGAGUCGGCAAACGACAAGGAUGCCGAGCGCUACCACGUGCAGGAUGUUGAGAAGUAA